GCUAAGCUUAACCCUAAAUUCCCAAAUUUGCUACUCCAAGAUCUUCCCCUCCCGUCAUGCUGAAGCUUCUCACUCCGACCGCUUACGGUUCCCAUCACGUGACUUCAGCUAUUCGAUUCCGGUCUACCCCGGUUAACAGCCUAUUUUUUAAGCCACUGACUCUGCUAACCGGAUGGAACCGGACUUCCUACGAAUUGGGUCGUCGUUCUUUUUCCUCCGAGUUGGAUUCCGACACGAAACCCUCAGCAACGACUGUCUCAACUAAACCUCACCUCGACGAUUGUCUAACGGUUAUAGCAUUGCCGUUGCCCCACAAGCCUCUUAUUCCUGGCUUUUACAUGCCAAUCUAUGUCAAGGAUCCUAAAGUUCUUGCAGCUUUACAAGAGAGCAGAAGACAACAAGCUCCAUAUGCGGGGGCUUUCCUUUUCAAGGAUGACGCGUCAACUGACUCAUCUUAUGGCUCUGAAACAGAUAAUAUUCUAGAGAAGUUGAAAGGAAAAGAGUUGCUUAACCGGAUUCAUGAAGUUGGCACACUUGCUCAGAUUUCAAGUAUCCAAGGUGAGCAAGUCAUCCUUAUUGGUCACAGACGACUUCGAAUAACAGAGAUGGUGAGUGAAGAUCCUUUAACCGUAAAAGUUGACCAUCUAAAGGAUAAGCCAUAUGACAAGGACGAUGAUGUCAUCAAGGCAACAUACUUUCAAGUUAUGUCGACACUUAGGGAUGUCUUAAAGACAACUUCACUCUGGAGAGAUCAAGUUCGGACGUAUACCCAGGCAUGUGAAUUCAACUAUCCAAAGUUAGCCGAUUUUGGAGCCGGGAUCUCUGGCGCUAACAAACAUCAAAAUCAGGGGGUUCUUGAAGAACUGGAUGUUCAUAAACGUCUGGAGUUGACGCUGGAAUUGGUGAAAAAAGAAGUUGAAAUUAACAAGAUUCAAGAAUCCAUAGCAAAAGCUGUUGAAGAAAAAUUUAGUGGCGACAGACGUCGUAUCAUACUAAAGGAGCAGAUCAAUGCUAUUAAAAAGGAGCUUGGCGUGGAGACAGACAACAAAUCUGCACUUUCUGAAAAGUUUAGGGGGAGGAUUGACCUUAUUAAAGACAAGAUUCCAGAACAUGUGCUAAAAGUCAUAGAAGAAGAGCUUAAAAAACUGCAGCUGUUAGAAACCAGUUCCAGCGAAUACGAUGUGACUUAUAACUACCUUGAUUGGUUGACCGUGCUGCCUUGGGGAAAUUUCAGUGAUGAGAAUUUUGAUGUCCUACGGGCAGAAAAGAUUCUUGACGAGGAUCAUUACGGAUUAUCUGAUGUAAAAGAAAGAAUACUAGAGUUUAUUGCUGUGGGAAGACUUAGAGGCACUUCACAAGGGAAGAUCAUUUGUCUCUCUGGCCCACCUGGAGUAGGUAAAACUAGCAUUGGGCGUUCCAUUGCACGUGCUCUUGACCGCAAGUUCUUCCGGUUCUCUGUUGGAGGACUAUCCGAUGUUGCUGAGAUUAAGGGGCAUCGUCGAACAUAUAUUGGUGCCAUGCCUGGAAAGAUGGUGCAAUGUCUAAAGAAUGUGGGAACAGAAAAUCCUCUUGUUCUGAUCGAUGAGAUUGAUAAGCUUGGAGUUAGGUGCCACGAUGGCGACCCAGCCAGUGCAAUGUUGGAGCUUUUGGAUCCAGAGCAAAAUGCAAACUUUCUAGACCACUAUCUCAAUGUUACUAUUGACUUAUCCAAGGUUUUAUUUGUAUGCACAGCAAAUGUGACAGAUACCAUUCCGAGUCCCCUGCUAGACAGAAUGGAGGUGAUUACUCUCUCAGGGUACAUUACUGAUGAGAAAAUGCAUAUUGCUAGAGACUAUUUGGUGAAUACCGCACGCAGAGAUUGUGGCAUUAAGCCUGAACAGGUUGAUGUGAGCGAUGCAGCUCUUCUUUCCUUGAUAGAAAAUUACUGCAGAGAAGCAGGAGUUAGAAAUCUCCAGAAGCAGAUUGAGAAGGUUUUUCGUAAGAUUGCUCUGAAACUUGUGCGCGAAGGGUCCGCCCAAGUGCCUGCAAUUUCUGAUGAUGUUACUACUGACACUGAAGAUACUAAAUCUUUGGCCAAGACUGAUUUGGAAUCCCCAGAGACCUCUGCAGAAGGAUCCACUGUGUUGACAGAUGAGUUGGCAACUGGGGACUCAAAAAAACCAGAGACUGAGCAGAGCGUAGAGGUAGCUGAAACGGUUGAAAAGUUUAUGAUUGAUGAAUCAAACCUUUCAGACUAUGUAGGCAAGCCAGUAUUCCAGGCAGAGAAGAUAUAUGAACAGACACCAGUCGGGGUUGUAAUGGGUCUAGCUUGGACAUCCAUGGGUGGCUCAACAUUGUACAUAGAGACAACCUUUGUAGAAGAAGGAGAAGGCAAAGGUGGUCUUCAUAUAACGGGUCGGCUUGGGGAUGUGAUGAAAGAAAGCGCAGAGAUUGCUCACACAGUCGCCAGAAGAAUAAUGCUGGAGAAAGAACCGGAGAACAAGUUGUUUGCGAAUUCCAAGCUUCACUUACAUGUACCAGCAGGAGCCACACCAAAAGACGGUCCAAGCGCAGGCUGCACCAUGAUAACUUCAUUGCUAUCACUUGCCUUGAAGAAGCCUGUAAGGAAGGAUCUUGCAAUGACUGGAGAAGUCACUUUGACGGGUAGAAUUCUUGCAAUUGGCGGCGUGAAAGAGAAGACUAUAGCUGCAAGACGGAGUGAAGUGAAGGUGAUAAUAUUCCCGGAGGCUAACCGGAGAGAUUUUGAUGAGCUGGCGGAAAACGUGAAAGAAGGGCUCGAAGUUCAUUUCGUCGAUGACUAUGAGCAGAUUUUCGAGCUAGCCUUUGGCUAUGACCAUUAAAGAAGUCUUUAGGCUAAUUUCUAUCUCUUCUUGGUUGAUUUUGCCAUUAUUAUUUAUGUAUUAUGUUCUUUCUGUAAUAUUUUUCUAUUAACUAGUGUAAUAUUAUUAUUUAUUGGAUUUCAGGUUUUGUUGUAAAAUCAAACUCCUUUUUUCGA